UGUACGACCUGUCCAUCGGCAACCGGAACGAGACGGACAACUUGGUGACGCUUCAGGCGCGCGACGCACUGCGGCGCUACAACUGCGGCAUCAAGUGCGCCACCAUCACGGCCGAGCGCGACGUUCUCGAGAUGUACCAGCUGAAGCGCAUGUGGCAGUCUCCCAACUCGGUGAUCCGCAACGCCCUGGGUGGCGCCCUCUUCCGCGAGCCCAUCAUAUGCGCCAACGUGCCGCCCCUGAUCAAACAGUGGCGCAGGCCCAUCGUCGUCGCCCGCCACGCGUUCGGGGACCAACACCUUGGCAGGGAUUUCGUGGUUCCGGGCCCGGGAUCGCUGGACGUGUGCUACAAGCCGGACAUUGGCUCGCCGUACUGCAUGCGAGUUUACGACUUCGAGGACACGCAGGGCGUCGCUGCGGUGAUGUGCAACACGGACAAGUCCAUCACGGAGUUUGCCUACAGCUGCUUCCAGUUCGCGCUCAGGCGCAACUUGCCGCUCUACCUGAGCACCAAGGAGACGAUCCUCAAGAAGUACGAUGGCCGCUUCAAGGACAUCUUCGAGCGCCUCUAUGAAAAAAAGUACAAGCCGAGGUUCAAGAACGUUGGCAUUUUCUUCCAGCACCGCCUCAUGGAUGACAUGGUGGCCAGGUCGUUGCGGAUGGAAGGCGGCUUCGUGUGGGCCUGCAAGAACUACGACGGCGACAUACAGUCCGGGUUCGUGGCGCAGGGCUUCGGCUCGCUCGGCCUCAUGACGAGCGUGCUCAUCUGCCCCGACGGCAAGACGCUGAUCGCGGACGUCGCCCACGGCACCGUGACGAAGCACUUCCGCCGCUACAGGGCCGGCUUCGAAACGUCCACCAACUCGAUGGCCACCAUCUUCACCUGGACCAAGGGGAUACGUCACAGGGGCAAGCUGGACGGCGACGCCAAGCUGGUCGACUUCGCCAGGACCCUCGAGAGGGUGGUCGUCGACCUCGUCGAGUCGGGGUACAUGACCAAGGACUUGGCCAUGUGCGUCAGGGGGUUCGGCAACGUCCGCCGGGAGGACUACCUCAACACGUUCGAGUUUAUCGACAAGGUCGCCGAGCUGAUGACGCCGGCGUACAAGCAGGUGUUCCUGGAACAGCCUGUGUAAUUUACUCGCAGUGCCCUCUGUUUUCUGCGGGUUUGCGAAGUAGUAGUGUUUUAUUUUUCGGCUUAUUGCAACAUUUUCAGCUUUUCUUUAUUUUCAACCUGCAUUAUUAUACCAUUCUCGAAGAUUUUUUAAAAAUGUAGUGCUCGUAGAGGUUGGUGCCUGUAGGCGGUGCCUACUAUUAUACUCUUCUACUUAUUUUUUUUACUGUGCAAAGAACAAUGUUACGCGAGUAAUUUAUAUAGUAAGGAAUGCGUUGCCAGGUGAAAGUGUUUGUAU